CUUUAAAGCGCCACAGAUUAAAAUUUGAUUACCACAAUCUACAAUCUUCAACAACCCUGUCAGGAUAAGAGGUUAUUGUAUUGAUAAGUAUCAUGUGACCUACGCUUAGUUGACUCUCUCAUGAAGGCGCAUAUAAUAUAAUAUAAUAUAGGCUGAUUCCCCAACCAUUCCAACUACCACGGGCGUGAAAAGGUUUAUUUUUUUUACUCAAGGCUUUCUUGGAUAUUGUCAUUGACUUCCAUUUCAACACUUUUCUUGAAUACCGGUGUGUGUGUACGGUGAUGCUACAAUGCCUGCAAGCGUUUCAAGAUUCAUCAAGUGUGUGACUGUGGGUGAUGGUGCUGUUGGCAAGACUUGUAUGCUUAUUUGCUACACCAGUAACAAAUUCCCCACUGACUACAUACCAACAGUGUUUGAUAAUUUCAGUGCAAAUGUGGUAGUUGAAGAAACUACAGUCAACUUAGGCCUCUGGGAUACAGCAGGCCAAGAAGACUACAAUAGGUUGAGGCCUCUGAGCUACAGAGGAGGGGAUGUGUUUGUCUUGGCAUUUUCAUUAGUUAGCCGUGCAAGCUACGAAAAUAUAUUUAAGAAGUGGAUCCCUGAACUUAACCAUUUUGCUCCUGGGGUUCCAAUUGUCUUAGUUGGCACCAAACUAGAUCUUCGCGAGGAUAAGCAUUACUUGGCUGAUCAUCCUGGAUUGGUGCCCGUUACCACUGCACAGGGGGAGGAGCUCCGGAAGCAAAUUGGUGCUGCCUACUAUAUCGAAUGCAGUUCAAAAACACAACAGAAUGUGAAAGUAGUAUUUGAUGCUGCUAUUAGAGUAGUCAUCAAGCCACCACAGAAGCAGAAGGAGAAGAAAAGGCACCGACGUAAAGGAUGUUUUUUGAAUAUGUUCUGUGGAAGAACAGACUACCAGGAAUGACACGCUUCGAGUCCACAGUUCCAUCGGGUGCACACGCUAACGAGGGGAAGGCUGUUUCUAAUAUUAGUGUGAUAGACUAGUCUCUCCGGGCUCAAUUCUUUACAUCUGGGCAGAAUUGAAUCCGAGAUACUAUUUUUUUUUUUCUGGGAGUAAUGUUAAAACCUAGUAGGAACUACUACUACUACACUGAUUAUGGUUGCAGAUUAUAGUAUACAACAAGAAUGGUUUAAAUUUUAGUUGAUGAAAAAAUCAUGUAUGUCAA